CCAUCAAAUCAUCACUUAAUAAGAGUUUCUGAAGAGUUCAACAUAACAUUUAGCACAAAGAGUGUUAUUUUGACUCAAAUGGAAUAGCAGCAACCUUUACAACUCAAAUCUUUUUAUUUUUAGAAUCUAAAUCUUUUGAGUUAUCUAAAGCAUGUCAUACAUUUCGCAGCAUAAAAGAGCGUUAAACCAAACAGGUUUUGCUUUAAGACACCACGUGAAGACCCAGCAUUACCCUGAAGUGAGCAAGUGAAACAAAGUGCGAGAGAAUGUCAUUAUAAACAAUGAUGUACAAAACGUUCUCUCUCUCAUUCAUCAUCUUGCUUGAAUUCUGUUUAUGGUAUUUUACCAAACAAACACCAUGAAACCAGAAGCCACGAGUGAAAGAAAGAUGCCACGUCUCUUUCACACCCUGAAAUUGGUCGGACACAAAUGCACCCUGCAAUCAGUCGUCCUCCUCCAACUAACCCUGUGGGAUAAUGACAGCGCUGUCGUGAACAGAUCCACAUCUCUGCUUCACUGCUCGAACAUCUGAAAAUCUUUCGAAGCACAUUUCUCCCAGGAGGCCAGUGAGCAGGUAUUUUCUUACCGUUAGAGGGUUUGGAAGUCAGUGAAGCCGUUGAUUUAGCGGAGGAAUUUGAGGAAUUCUCAAAGACGGGGUGAUUGUAGGCAGAAAAUAUAUGAGAAAUGUUAACAUCAACAUCAACAUCACUACUCAAAUAAAAUCCAGGGCAAAACACAUUCUUUAAGUAAACUAUAGGUGAUGAAAGAGAUGAGCAUCACUUGACGUUUGGAAGUGAAAAGCAGAUGUACAUUUACAGCACUUUAUGUUUCUAAGUGUGUGUCUGUUUGGAGAGGGGCUGGACUACUGCAUGAGGUCACGUGAUUAGUUCGAGCUCAAGCGCACGUCACAUAAUUCAGUUCAGUGUGGAGCGCGUACGCGGAGAGCCGUGUGUGCUUAUAGAGCGCGUCAAACAAAACACCUUUUCCUUUUUUGGACGUGAGCUUAUAAAGAAUCAAAACUGUCGGAAUAAAAACGUCCUUGUGGCCACGAUGGACAGCUCUUAUCUUGCAAGCAUGAGUGCGCAUCACCAAAACACCUUGGCAGCUCAAGGGUUCCUUGCAUCCUCGUUGGAGCGCGUUGGUGAAACUACCUAAAGUAACGUGCGCCUUUCCUACCAGGACGAUGGUGAGUCGGUGUUAAUUCUUGAAACGUUAAGUUGGCUGUCAGGAGGCAUGGACCCAGCAUGGAUGUAACUCAGACCAAUGCGACGGAGCAACAUGCCAACAUCACCAGCAGCCCCAAACCGUGGCCACACACGCUGACGCCCGCCGCGUUCAUCAUACUCGUGGUGUCCGUAAUUAUUUUAGUCACCAUUGUUGGAAAUGUUCUGGUCAUCGUGGCGGUCCUGACCAGCCGUGCGCUCCGUGCGCCGCAGAACCUGUUCCUCGUGUCGCUCGCGUGCGCGGACAUCCUCGUGGCAACGCUGGUGAUCCCGUUUUCCCUCGCCAACGAGAUCAUGGGAUUCUGGUACUUUGGCAGCACCUGGUGCGCAUUUUACCUGGCUCUGGACGUCCUGUUCUGCACGUCGUCUAUCGUUCACCUGUGCGCCAUUAGUUUGGAUAGGUACUGGUCCGUCACCAAGGCGGUGAGUUACAACUUGAAAAGAACCCCAAAGCGCAUCAAAUCUAUGAUCGUGGUGGUGUGGGUGAUAUCGGCCGUCAUCUCCUUCCCGCCUCUUAUCAUGACCAAACACGACGAGACGGAAUGUUUGCUUAACGACGACACCUGGUACAUCCUCUCCUCGUGCCUGGUGUCGUUUUUCGCGCCUGGGUUCAUCAUGAUCAUAGUGUACUGUAAAAUCUACCGGGUCGCCAAACAGCGCUCGUCCACCGUAUUCGUAGCUAAAAACGGCUUGGAAAGACAGGCUUCCCAGUCCGAGACGUGCUUCGCACGAAAGGAUAAGUUCCAGAAGGAAAGCCCGAGCAGUGACAGCUCAGAAAGCAACCAGAGGCAGGAGGAGCUGGAUCAUAUUGAUUUAGAGGAGAGCGCGUGCGACAACAAACCCAAAAGCUCGCGCUUCUCUAAGCGCAGGAGAGUGGACGGCGCGCACUGCUGCCCUCAGCGGCCCUGUCGGGUCUCGUGGGUUUCCCAUCAGGAGCAGAGCAACAGACAGCUUACGAGGGUCUCGAAAACCAAAGUAGCUCAGAUGCGAGAGAAACGCUUCACGUUCGUCCUGGCUGUGGUGAUGGGGAUCUUUGUCCUCUGCUGGUUUCCUUUUUUCUUUACAUACAGUCUCCACGCCAUCUGCGGGGAGAGCUGCGUGGCACCCGAAGGGCUUUUUAAGCUCUUCUUUUGGAUUGGUUACUGUAACAGUUCAGUGAAUCCCAUCAUUUACACCAUCUUUAACAGAGACUUCAGAAAAGCUUUUAAGAAAAUCAUCUGCUUGACUGGGAAACGCACAUGAGAGAGAGUACGUCAAAUCUACAGUGCAGCCUCAACAAGUAUUUGGAGACUUUAAAUGCAUUUUGUAUCACACCAAGUUCUUUAUUUCCUUUUUAGAAGAAAAGUUACACU